AUGACAAAUAACCUAGCCCUCUCAAAGCAAGACUCUGACAUCUCCAAGUGUCUCUUUCAGCAGAUUCAUGGAGCAACUCUCCUUCUGACUCUCUGCCACCUGCACGGAGGCUUGCUGUCUUCAGACUCCAGGAGGACAGGGAGGAUGGAGGGGGCCUACCUGAGUGAGGUGGGGAGGGAAGGGAGCUGCUGGCUUCACCCUUUGCCCCAAGGAUCCUCCCUUCUCACAGUCUCCCCUGGUCUCCUGGACCCCAGACAAGCUGUGUCUGCCUCCUUGAAGCCAGGGACCCCAGGGAACCUGGCUUAA